AUGUCGAGGCGUGCCUUAAGGUCGCGGACGGAAAUAUGCCAGCUCUGCGACUUUAUGAUAACCCGGGGUUCACCACUCAGACAACCAAACCGGCCGCAUAGACCCUUCAACUCUCGCAGCUUUACGACAACCAGGAGGCAUUAUACCCAAACGCUCAAAAGCCCGAACGGCUCGGCACCCUUGGCAACCAAGCGAUCAUCUCAGCUCGUCGAUGCCACGCAAGCACAGGAUAUAACGGGUAAUCUUUCUGAAGACCAGCUCCAUCGCGAACUCACGCAGGCCGCUGCGAACUGCACUGCGAUAAUACAUGCAGGCCAAGUCCCUUCGGAGGAAGAGGUGCUACAAGCGCUGAGACGGUGUAACAAAUUGGCAGAGCUCGUCGUAUCCGAAUGGUCGCCUGCACCUCUCAAAAGUGAAGACCGCGCGGCCUCCGCUCUGCUCUCCUUGGACGAAUCCUCGACGACGAAGGAUCUCCCUCCCAAGCUCCCUGCGUCGAUCCAAUAUGCGAUUAACCAUUUGUCAGAAGCCGUCUUCAAGCUGGUCGAACAUUCUACGGUUUUUAUCACGCCGGGAAUUUUGGAAUUAUAUGUCAAGAUACAGGCCAAUCUUGGAAAGCCAGAGACAUUUCCACAGGUUUUCGAUAUGUAUGCCAAUAAACCUUUACCACAAGAGGGGGGUUCUACUUUAAAAUUUAGGAAACCGAACCCGGACAAGGUAUCCAACGCUGUUCCUAUUGCUACUGCCGAUCGUGCUCUCCAGACCGCUAUCGAUUCUAGACAACUUGGGGUUGCGAUGGACAUUGUCGAAACCACGUAUGCUACCAAGGCAUUUCGGCGAGCUAAGUUUGUCCGAAAAGGCCUCCUUCCAACUACGGGUGUAGUGGUGGCCCCUGUGGCCGCAUAUACGGUUGCUUCACAACUGGCGGUUCUUCAGACGACCAUGGAUUCCACACUGGCUACAAAUAUUGCGUUUGCUGGUAUCAUGGCAUACACAUUCUUUACCGGUACGAUUGGCGUUGUUGCUCUUACUACGGCAAACGACCAGAUGGACCGUGUAACCUGGGCACCAGGCAUGCCUUUAAGAGAACGGUGGGCGCGGGAGGAGGAGCGGGCAGCAAUGGAUAAAAUAGCGCAAGCGUGGGGCUUUCGAGAGAAAUGGCGGAGAGGUGAAGAGGAGGGGGAUGAUUGGGACGCACUACGGGAGUGGAUUGGCGGCAAAGGCAUGAUACUCGAUCGGGUUGAGCUAAUGGAGGGGAUGGAGUAA